AUGGAGUGCAACAAAGACGAGGCGGCGAGGGCAAAAGAAAUUGCAGAGAACAAGUUCAAAGUGAAAGACUUUGCCGGAGCCAAGAAAUUUGCACUGAAAGCUCAAAGCCUGUAUCCAGAGGUGGAAGGCGUUUCUCAGAUGCUAGCUACUUUUGAUGUGUACAUCGCUGCAGAAACCAAAGUAAACGGGGACUUGAACUGGUAUGGGAUACUCGACGCAAGCCCUCGCGAUGAUGAUGAAGCUUUGAAGAAGAAGUACAGGAAGCUUGCUCUGACGCUUCACCCUGAUAAAAACAGAUCUAUAGGAUCUGAAGGAGCGUUCAAGUACGUGCUGGAUGCUUGGAAAUUCUUGUCAGAUAAAGAGAAGAGAGUAGCUUAUGAUCGCAAGAGGAGUAUGCAGACUGUUUAUCAGAAUGUUACAGUUUCAGCUUCUAACAACGGCUUCUCCAACUUCGGCAGGACUAAUUUCCCUACUAAUGGGAGCACUUUCGCCAAGCCUAGUGCUCCUGCAAAUGGGAAGACUAGUGUUCCUGCAAAUGGGAGGACGGCGAUGCCGAAGAACAAUCCGACUACUCAGAAGAACAAUCCGCAGAAGCCAGCUGGUAGUGCACAGAAACCACCUGGACGGGCUUAUCAUCAUCCAGCAGCACCAAGCUCAUUUGCUGCAUCAGAGCAGAGGACUUUCUGGACAGUCUGCAGGAGAUGCAUGUUGCAGUAUGAGUAUCCUAGAAUCUAUGUUAACUUUAACCUCCUGUGUGCUAAUUGUCGACAGCCGUUUCUAGCAGUAGAAGCACCUAAACCGGGUGUGUCUAACCUUUGGAGUAGUUCCAGCUCCAGCCGUCUCAAGCGAAACAUGGAUCCAAGGUCAGCUGCAAACCAGGGUUCUGCUUCUGAUCACUCCAAGUGGACAUUCUCAAGAACCAGCAGUGCAGCUCAUGCUGCAAGUGUGGUUCAACAGGCUUACGAGAAGGUGAAGAAAGAACGCGAGGAUGCAAAAGCAGCAGAGAGAAGGGAUAAGAAGAGUUCCAAGAGGAAGAGCGAUGCUGAUUCGUCUCCUUCUGGUGGUGGUUCAGUUAAGAAGAGGAAAGUUACAGGAGAAACUGAUAUCGGUUGCUCUAGUGGAAGCAAGGUCACUUACUACGUGACUGUUGAAACCGGAAAGUUACAGCAUGGAAUCGAAGAGAUAGCGGAUCAGAUAGCUCCCGGGAUCAAGGAACAGAUUAGCGAGGAGGAUGUAGCAGGAGAGGUAAGAGGUGAAGUCUCGUCAGUGUUAUGA